AUGUGGGGAGAGGAAGAAGACCCGAUCCCCACAGUUAACGCCGCCGCACUCGCUGCCACUCCCAGAAGGAAGCGACGUCUGCGGCGUCGCCGCUCCACACGGCACUCAGAGGUUAGUGACAAUGUUCUGUUGCCACUGAAUCGCCCUGGAUGUGAUGAGGGCGAGGGGCUUGGAAGGACAAUUAAGUUCUCGGAGAUGGAGACUCAACGUACCUGUACUGUUAACUCUGUCACCCCCCCAUGCACCUCGUCACAGUCUGUUUUUUCCCGCCCAGUUCCAGCCCCGCUCAGCUCAGGCUCAGCUCCCCGUCCGCCCAGUUCUAGCCCCGCUCAGCUCCCCGCCCGCCCAGUUCCAGCCCCGCUCAGCUCAGGCUCAGCUCCCUGCCCGCCCAGUUCCAGCCCCACUCAGCUCCCCGCCCGCCCAGUUCCAGCCCCGCUCAGCUGCCCGCCUGCCCAGUUCCAGCCCCGCUCAGCUCCCCGCCCGCCCAGUUCCAGCCCCUCUCAGCUCAGGCUCAGCUCCCCGCCCGCCCAGUUCCAGCCCCGCUCAGCUCAGGCUCAGCUCCCUGCCCGCCCAGUUCCAGCCCGUUCAGCUCAGGCUCAGCUCCCGCCCGCCCAGUUCCAGCCCCGCUCAGCUCCCCGCCCACCCAGUUCCAGUCCCGCUCAGCUCCCCGUCCGCCCAGUUCUAGCCCCGCUCAGCUCCCCGCCCGCCCAGUUCCAGCCCCGCUCAGCUCAGGCUCAGCUCCCUGCUCGCCCAGUUCCAGCCCCGCUCAGCUCCCCGCCCGCCCAGUUCCAGCCCCCGCUCAGCUCCCUGCCCGCCCAGUUCCAGCCCUGUUCAGCUCAGGCUCAGCUCCCGCCCGCCCAGUUCCAGCCCCGCUCAGCUCCCCCGCCCACCCAGUUCCAGUCCCGCUCAGCUCCCCGUCCGCCCAGUUCUAGCCCCGCUCAGCUCCCGCCCGCCCAGUUCCAGCCCCGCUCAGCUCAGGCUCAGCUCCCUGCUCGCCCAGUUCCAGCCCCACUCAGCUCCCCGCCCGCCCAGUUCCAGCCCCGCUCAGCUCCCCGCCUGCCCAGUUCCAGCCCCGCUCAGCUCAGGCUCAGCUCCCUGCCCGCCCAGUUCCAGCCCCACUCAGCUCCCCCGCCCAGUUCCAGCCCCGCUCAGCUGCCCGCCUGCCCAGUUCCAGCCCCGCUCAGCUCCCCGCCCGCCCAGUUCCAGCCCCUCUCAGCUCAGGCUCAGCUCCCGCCCGCCCAGUUCCAGCCCCGCUCAGCUCAGGCUCAGCUCCCUGCCCGCCCAGUUCCAGCCCCGUUCAGCUCAGGCUCAGCUCCCGCCCGCCCAGUUCCAGCCCCGCUCAGCUCCCCGCCCACCCAGUUCCAGUCCCGCUCAGCUCCCGUCCGCCCAGUUCUAGCCCGCGCCAGCUCCCGCCCGCCCAGUUCCAGCCCCGCUCAGCUCAGGCUCAGCUCCCUGCUCGCCCAGUUCCAGCCCCGCUCAGCUCCCGCCCGCCCAGUUCCAGCCCCGCUCAGCUCCCUGCCCGCCCAGUUCCAGCCCCGUUCAGCUCAGGCUCAGCUCCCGCCCGCCCAGUUCCAGCCCCGCUCAGCUCCCGCCCACCCAGUUCCAGUCCCGCUCAGCUCCCCGGGUCCGCCCAGUUCUAGCCCCGCUCAGCUCCCCGCCCGCCCAGUUCCAGCCCCGCUCAGCUCAGGCUCAGCUCCCUGCUCGCCCAGUUCCAGCCCCACUCAGCUCCCCCCCGCCCGCCCAGUUCCAGCCCCGCUCAGCUCCCCGCCUGCCCAGUUCCAGCCCCGCUCAGCUCCCCGCCCGCCCAGUUCCAGCCCCGCUCAGCUCCCCGCCCGCCCAGUUCCAGCCCCGCUCAGCUGCCCGCCUGCCCAGUUCCAGCCCCGCUCAGCUCCCCGCCCGCCCAGUUCCAGCCCCUCUCAGCUCAGGCUCAGCUCCCCGCCCGCCCAGUUCCAGCCCCGCUCAGCUCAGGCUCAGCUCCCUGCCUGCCCAGUUCCAGCCCCGCUCAGCUCCCCCGCCCGCCCAGUUCCAGCCCCGCUCAGCUCCCUGCCCGCCCAGUUCCAGCCCGUUCAGCUCAGGCUCAGCUCCCGCCCGCCCAGUUCCAGCCCCGCUCAGCUCCCCGCCCACCCAGUUCCAGUCCCGCUCAGCUCCCGUCCGCCCAGUUCUAGCCCCGCUCAGCUCCCCGCCCGCCCAGUUCCAGCCCCGCUCAGCUCAGGCUCAGCUCCCUGCUCGCCCAGUUCCAGCCCCACUCAGCUCCCCGCCCGCCCAGUUCCAGCCCCGCUCAGCUCCCCGCCUGCCCAGUUCCAGCCCCGCUCAGCUCCCCGCCCGCCCAGUUCCAGCCCCGCUCAGCUCCCCGCCCGCCCAGUUCCAGCCCCGCUCAGCUGCCCGCCUGCCCAGUUCCAGCCCCGCUCAGCUCCCCGCCCGCCCAGUUCCAGCCCCUCUCAGCUCAGGCUCAGCUCCCGCCCGCCCAGUUCCAGCCCCGCUCAGCUCAGGCUCAGCUCCCUGCCUGCCCAGUUCCAGCCCCGCUCAGCUCCCCGCCCGCCCAGUUCCAGCCCCGCUCAGCUCCCCGUCCGCCCAGUUCUAGCCCCGCUCAGCUCCCCGCCCGCCCAGUUCCAGCCCCGCUCAGCUCAGGCUCAGCUCCCUGCUCGCCCAGUUCCAGCCCCACUCAGCUCCCCGCCCGCCCAGUUCCAGCCCCGCUCAGCUCCCCGCCUGCCCAGUUCCAGCCCCGCUCAGCUCCCCGCCCGCCCAGUUCCAGCCCCUCUCAGCUCAGGCUCAGCUCCCCGCCCGCCCAGUUCCAGCCCCGCUCAGCUCAGGCUCAGCUCCCUGCCUGCCCAGUUCCAGCCCCGCUCAGCUCCCCGCCCGCCCAGUUCCCGCGGCUCAGCUCAGGCCCAGCUCCCCGCCCAGUUCCCACGGCUCAGCUCAGGCUCAGCUCCCCGCCCAGUUCGCGGCUCAGCUCAGGCUCAGCUCCCCGCCCAGUUAGCGGCCCAGCUCCCCUCCCAGUUCCAGCCCCACGCCACGUCCGCUGGAGGGCCCGAGGAGCCCGUCCAGCCCCCUGCCUCGUCGGGGCGCGCCAAGCCACGUCCACGCCGGGCGCCGUCUGGUCCUGCCAAGCCACGUCCACGCCCGGCCGUCGGGCCGUCAGCUGGACGUCAUUGCCGUCGUGGAUGGCCUCCUGAACUGCAAUGCCGCGCUAUACAAAUACAGGCCAUUUACCAUUUUACCAUCUAUCAAUCCACAGAAUAUUAA